AUAUAAUGCUUUCUUGAUCUGAAUCUUUUGGUUCUCUUGCCAUUUGGUGAAACAGAUCUUGGGUUUGUUUCAGAUUCAGACAAGAAAUAGAAACACCAAACUUUCUUUCAUCUUCUUCUAAAGAUGUUGACGAGCCCAACUUUGAAGAGUUUAUGGUUCUUGUUCAUCACAGUAGUCACUAUUCUUGGAAUCUUAGGACAAAACCUCCCUUGUGUUACGUCUACUCCACACCGUAUUCUAGUGGAUACAGAUGUCGACACAGACGAUUUAUUCGCUAUACUCUACCUCCUGAAACUCAACAAAUCAGAAUUCGAUCUAGUCGGGAUUACAUUGAGUGCAAAUGCAUGGACAAACGCAGGACACGCCGUGAAUCAAGUGUAUGAUUUAUUGCACAUGAUGGGUCGUGACGAUAUCCCCGUUGGUGUCGGCGGGGAAGGUGGGAUUCGCGAAGACGGUACUAUUCACUCUGACGUCGGUGGUUAUUUUCCGAUCAUCGAACAGGGGAUGACCACAACAGGAGAAUGUAGAUACAGACAAGCCAUUCCUAAAGGUCUUGGAGGCCUUGUCGACAUAGACUCUAAUUAUGGAUUUCGUAAACAGUUUCUUCCUCAGGGGAACAGAAGAUACACUCCUCUCCGGCAACCAACGUCUCAAAAAGUGAUCGCCGACAUAAUUUCCGAAGGUCCAACCACUGUGAUCCUGAUCGGAUCCCACACCAAUUUCGCACUUUUCUUGAUGUCAAACCCUCACUUGAAACACAACAUCCAACACAUCUACAUCAUGGGCGGUGGUGUCCGGUCACAAAACCCCACCGGCUGCUGUCCGGCGAACUCCACUGCGGCGGAAUGUCAACCUCGACAGUGUGGGAACCGUGGAAACUUGUUCACAGAUUAUACAAGUAAUCCUUACGCUGAAUUCAACAUCUUCGCUGAUCCUUUCGCUUCUUACCAGGUGUUUCAUUCAGGUGUUCCAGUGACUCUGGUUCCCCUAGAUGCAACCAACACUAUUCCGAUCAACCAAAAGUUUUUUGAGACGUUCGAGAAGAACCAGAGAACAUACGAAGCUCAAUACGUUUUCUUAUCUCUGAAAAUCGCCAGAGACACUUGGUUCGACGAUGAAUUCUAUAAGAGCUACUUCAUGUGGGAUUCUUUCACGGCUGGUGUUGCAGUCUCAAUCAUGAGAAACUCUGGUAAUAAGAACAACGAAAAUGGUGAGAACGAUUUCGCGGAGAUGGAGUAUAUGAACAUAACCGUUGUUACUUCAAACAAACCUUAUGGAAGAUCCGAUGGCUCAAAUCCAUUCUUUGAUAAUAGAAGAACUCCAAAGUUUAACCUAACCGUUGGAGGAGUUCAUAGUGGUCAUGUUCAGAUGGGUUUGCGAGAUCCAGCUUGCUUACCGAAAAGCGGAGAAGGAAGAGGAAAGUGUAAGGAUGGUUACACACAAGAGAUCUCUGGACCUGAUUCUGUUCGUGUUCUUGUUGCGACACGAGCUAAACCCAACAUAAACAUCAAAAGUAAACUUGACAGAGAGUUCUAUGUUGAUUUCCUGGAAGUUUUGAAUAGACCUGAAGAAACAGGGAGAUUUAACUUUUCAUCUCAGUUUCCAUACUACAAAGAAGAACUGUUUAGACCAGAUCUUAGCAAAACACGUCUCGGAAAGCCGGUUGUUUUCGAUAUGGAUAUGAGCGCCGGAGAUUUCCUUUCCCUCUUCUACCUCCUCAAAGUUCCAGUGGAAGAAAUCGAUUUGAAGGCUAUUAUUGUGAGCCCAACUGGUUGGGCUAAUGCAGCAACAAUCGACGUGGUCUAUGAUCUGCUUCAUAUGAUGGGUCGGGACGACAUUCCAGUCGGUCUGGGAGACAUGUUGGCAUUGAACCAAUCCGACCCGAUUUUCCCACCGGUUGGAGGUUGCAAGUACGUCAAGGCUGUUCCACGAGGCUGUGGUGGAUUUCUGGAUUCCGACACUCUCUACGGUCUUGCUCGUGACCUUCCGAGAAGCCCACGCAGAUACACUGCUGAGAAUUCAGUAGCAGAUGGAGCUCCAAGGGACACUGAUCGGCCUGAACUCCGACAACCUCUGGCUCUUGAAGUUUGGCAAAAUCUAACCAAAUCUGGUAACGGAGUGUCUAAUAUCACUGAAGUUUACAUCGUGGGUGGACAUAUAAACCCUGAGAAAUCAGACAAAGGGAAUAUAUUCACGGUUCCUUCGAAUGCAUAUGCUGAAUUCAAUAUGUUUCUUGAUCCUUUAGCAGCUAAGACCGUUCUUGAAUCCGGUCUAAACAUCACACUCAUCCCUCUAGCAACCCAACGCAAGUUUUCUUUCCAACCAAUGCUUAAUAGACUCAAUCCCUCAGCGAAAACACCCGAAGCUCGGUUUGUGAGACGGCUGCUUGCAAGAUUGCAAGCUCUUCAUCAGAAACACAGGAGAUACACGCACAUGGACAUGUUCUUAGGGGAAAUUCUUGGAGCAGUUUUCUUGGGAGGCGAUCAUGGUUCAUUGAAGCCGAAACUGAGAGCUGAACACUUAAAAGUGAUCGCUGAAGGGGACGAAUCGAUAGAUGACAAGAAACAGAAUUCUCUGAGUUUCUUCUUCUUCUUCUUUGCGAUGGUUAACCCACAAAGGUUUGUUCUAGUCGUCACCAUUAUUGGACUCUUAGGUCAUGACCUCACAUGUGUUCUGUCUAGCCCACACCGUAUACUAUUAGACACAGAUGUCGACACAGACGACUUCAUCGCUCUAUUGUACCUCUUGAAGCUCAAGAAAACAGAAUUCGAUCUAGUCGGGAUUACAUUAAGUGCCAACGCUUGGACAAACGCAGGACAUGGAGUGAAUCAUAUAUACGACAUUCUUUACAUGAUGGGUCGUGACGAUAUCCCCGUUGGUGUUGGAGGUGAAGGUGGGAUUCUCGAUGAUGGUACUAUUCUUCCUGACGUCGGUGGUUAUCUUCCGAUCAUCGAGCAGGGGAUGACAACAGCAGGAGGAUGCAGAUACAGACAAUCCAUUCCAAAAGGUCAUAAAGGCCUACUCGACAUCGACUCCAAUUAUGGAUUUCGUAAACAUUUUCUUCCUCAGGGGAACAGAAGAUACACUCCUCUCGAGCAACCAACGGCACAAAAAGUAAUCGUCGACAAAGUUUCUGAAGGUCCAAUAAGCAUCUUCGUGAUCGGUUCUCACACCAAUCUCGCUCUCUUCAUGAUGUCAAAUCCUCACCUCAAACAUAACAUCCAACACAUUUACCUUAUGGGUGGUAGUGUACGCUGUCCAAACCCCACCGGAUUCUGCGGGAACUUGUUCACAGAUUUCACAAGUAAUCCUUACGCUGAAUUCAACAUCUUCACUGAUCCUUUCGCUGCUUACCAGGUGUUUCAUUCAGGUGUUCCGAUUACUAUGGUUCCUUUAGACGCAACCAAUACAAUACCAAUUAACAAAAAGUUCUUUGAGACAUUCGAGAAGAAUCAAAGAACAUACGAAGCUAAAUACAUUUUCUCGUCUCUGAAAAUCAUCAGAGACACUUUGUUACCCGAAAACUUCUAUACGCGGUACUUCAUGUGGGAUUCUUUCACGGUAGGCGUUGCAGUUUCGAUCAUGAGAAACUCUGGUAAUAGUAAUAAGAACAACAAUAAAGGUGAGAAUGAUUUCGCGGAGAUGGAGUAUAUGAACAUAACCAUUGUUACUUCAAACGAACCUUAUGGAAUAUCGGACAGUUCAAAUCCAUUCUUUUAUACAAAAAGAACUCCAAAGUUUAACCUAACCCUUGGAGGAGUUCACAGUGGUCAUGUUCAGAGGGGUUUGCGCGACCCAAUCUGCAUAUCGAGAAGCGGAAAAGGAAACUGCAAGGAUGGUUACACAAAAGAGACCUUCGGGCCUGAUUCAGUUCGUGUUCUUGUCGCAACACGAGCCAAACCGAGCAAGAACUUCAACAGUGAACUUGAUAGAGAGUUCUAUGACGACUUUUUGGAAGUUUUGAACAGGCCUGGAGAAACAGGGAGGUUUAACUUUUCAACUCAGUUUCUGUUCUAUAGAGAAGAAUUGUUCAUAGCAAAUCUUAGUAACACACAGCUCGGAGGAAAGCCUGUUGUUUUCGAUAUGGACAUGAGCGCCGGAGAUUUCCUCUCUCUCUUCUAUCUCCUUAAAGUUCCAGUGGAAAUUAUAGAUUUGAAGGCGGUUAUCGUGAACCCAACCGGUUGGGCUAAUGCAGCGACAAUUGAUGUGGUCUACGAUCUUCUUCAUAUGAUGGGACGUGAUGACAUUCCGAUCGGUCUAGGAGAUAUGUUCGCCUUGAACCAAUCUGAACAGGGUUUUCCAUCUGCUGGAGACUGCAAGUACGCCAAAGCGGUUCCACAAGGCUGUGGUGGUUUUCUUGAUUCCGACACUCUCUAUGGCCUUGCUCGUGACCUCCCAAGAAGCCCUCGCAGGAUCCUAGAUUUUAUAGAUGGCUUCUGCUGUAAAUUGCAGGAAGUUUACAUUGUGGGCGGACAUAUAAGCCGUGAAAAAUCUGACAAAGGGAACGUAUUCACAGUUCCUUCGAAUGCAUAUGCUGAAUUCAAUAUGUUUCUUGAUCCUUUAGCAGCUAAGACCGUUCUUGAAUCAGGUCUAAACAUCACACUCAUCCCUCUAGCAACCCAACGCAAGUUUUCUUUUCAACCAAUGCUUAAUAGACUCUAUUCCUCGGCGAAAACACCGGAAGCUCGGUUUGUGAAACGGCUGCUUGCAAGAUUGCAAGCUCUUCAUCAGAAUCACAGGAGAUACAAGCACAUAGACAUGUUCUUAGGGGAAAUUCUUGGAGCAGUUUUCUUGGGAGGAGAUCACGCUUCAUUGAAGCCGAAACUGCGAGUUGAGCACAUAAAAGUGAUCGCUGAAGGGGAUGAAUCAAAAGAUGGUCAGAUAUUGAUUGAUAAACUGCGUGGAAAACAAAUAAAGAUACUCGAAAAAGUAGAUCUCAGAGGCUGCUAUGUGAGUUUUGCUUCUAGACUCGAUGAUAAGAAACAAUCUGCAGUCAUGGGAAGCUUUGAAGAACAGCGAAAGAAAUGGAACACACCACCAAGUUCAGAAACAUCAAUGCUUGAUUAGACAAAAACUGAGUUAGUACAGAGGUCUUUUCCAGAGACGUUUAUCAACGACAAUAAUACUCCACCAGAAAUUGCAACAAUACAAGAAAAGGGUGAAACCUUAAAUGGUUUGUGCCACUGGCCAGACAUGCUACUUAGUUGACAAUACCAAGAAACAAACUUAUAUUACAUAACCUAUAAAGUAUUUGACUGAAU